AGAUUUCUUUAGUUUAGCAUCUCAUUAAUAUCAAUAUGAUUUAUAAGUUUUUGUAUGUUGCUGCAUUUGUGGCAUUGGCAUCUGCAUCAUCAUGUGAUCUACCUUCAAGAUUCUGGUGUGACUCUAAAAAGAUUGCAAGCGAAUGUGGCGUUGAAUUGCAAUGUGCAGAGCGACACUGGAUCGAGGAUAAUGACGCCCAACCUGUCAUGCUUGAUUUGUACUUUGAAUCUCUUUGUCCAGAUUGUAAAAGGUUUAUGGUGAAUAUGCUUUACCCAACUUGGAAAAAAUUUUCUGGAACGAAUAUUAUGAAACUUACAUCCUAUCCUUUCGGCAAUGCCGAUGAAAUGAAAAAUGCAUCAACAGGUAUGUGGGACUUCACUUGUCAACAUGGACCUCAAGAAUGUGUUGGAAAUUUAAUCGAGAACUGCAUUCAAAAAUACACCAUGAAUGAUCCUAUGAAAUAUUUCCCGAUAUUUUACUGCAUGGAAUCGGCUCAAGAUCCAGUUGAGGCUGCUAAAAUGUGUGUAACCAAAGGUGGUUUGAAAUGGUCUGAUGUUGACACCUGUGCUAAAGGACCAGAUGGGAAUGCACUCAUGCAUAACAGUGCUAUGGCGACUGAUAAACUGAAUCCUCGUCACACAUAUGUUCCUUGGGUUACUAUCAAUGGGCAACAUACUGAAUCAAUGCAAGAGGAGGCUCAGGAAAAUCUCCCAAAGCUUCUAUGUGACACCUACAAGGGAAUGAAGCCCAAGCAGUGCGCAGAGUACAUGGAGCCACAACCACUGCUCGUGACAUACAGGGAUGAUUAAAAUUCAUGUUUUCAUAUUGCUAUGAAUCAUUCCUAAUAAUUCAUUCUUCCACUUUUGAUUUGUAUUUUGAUUUGCAUUUUCCUGCCCUUGACAUUAUAUUGCACAAUCCCCUUUUCAUGAAGCAUUAUUAAUGGCUUGGUCUAUCAAUAUUUUCCAGCAGUAGCAAAGUCUCAAAAACCCUGAACAUUAGUUCAUUCUAGUAAAUUUCAGUCUUUAUUAUUAUAGCCUAUUCAAGCUAUGCAUGAGCUAUUCACCAUCUGUAUAAUUUUGCCUAUAGUUUAUUAUGAGAAGUAUGUUAUGCUCAAUAAUUCCCGUAAGUUCCUUGAUGUUUUCGUUUUGUAUUUGCUGAUCUUUGUUCCUUUGUGCAAUACUUCAGUGUUACUUUACAGUCUACUGUUAUUUCUCUUUUGCCUACAUGUUAUGCAGUCUGGAAGAUCCACGUCAAUCAAUCGAACUUGUAGAAAUAUGCCAAUGUGCAGCCAGUCUAAGUGAGCAGUGUCAAAUUGAUUAUUUUUUGUGAUUUUCAUUACUUGAUUCUGAAUAUCAUUGAAACAAAUAAAAAUGCAUAAUAAAGAGAA